UAUCCACAGCCAGAGCCGGGAUAUCCCCCACAGCAAGGAUAUCCCCCACAGUACGGAUAUCCCCCACAGCAAGGAUAUCCCCCACAGCACGGAUAUCCCCAGCCUGGUGGCUACCCACAGCCGGGAUAUCCCCAGCCCGGUUUUAUACAGCAGGGCAACCCACCACAGUACUACGGUGCACCGCCCGGACCACCACCACCUGGCCAUAGCUAUGGCGCAGUGCCGCCCCCGGCUGCACAUCUACCACCACCUCAUCAGCAGGAUGCACCGACCACAGUGGUGCCCCCCAGCAGCGGUUGCUUCAGUCGCAACCAAAGGAACAAGCCCCAAUCGAAUGCCGUGGCUGCUGCCGGUCUAAUCUUCAUCUCGGGUGGCAUGAACAUUGCGUGGUGCAUUGGGUUCCGUGGUCCCAUCUUCUACCACACCACACUGCACAAUUUUAUUGCCUGGUUCAUUGCCGCUAUUAUCGGAGCGGUUAUCAGCUGCGUCCUCGCCCUCGCCAUCAGAGUGCCCAAGAAGUAUGUCUUGCUUUUCAGUGCACUUUUGGUGACAGUCGGAGGCGUUGUCAUGGGCGCCAUCCGAUAUAAUGGUGGUGCAGUUGUGGCUGCCUCCUAUCUGGAUGGAAUUGGCAAUGGAUUGGUGUUUGCGCCAUUCAUGGCGCUGGCCGGUGAGGUGUCCGUUCCGUAUAUACGCGGCAUGGUCGCGGCGAGCACCGAGCAGUUGUGCUUCGGCAUUGGCAUCCUGCUGCAGGUCAUCUACACCAGCACAUGGACAUAUUCUGGCUAUAAUUCAUACUCGGCCGAGAAUCUGAAGGGAAUCCUGAGCGCCGUCUGUGGCCUGUUAGCCCUGGGUCUGGGCGCAUUCCUGUGCAUUGAAUCGCCGGUCCUGACGCUGGCCAAGGGCGACGAAGAAGGCGCCAUCGAUGCCCUGCGCCGACUACAGCGACCGUACACGCUCACCAACGAUACCUACGAACAGCUGGCCGAGCACAAGCGAUAUCUGGCCCAUAACAAGGACAUAUCCACGAGCCAGAGCAUUGUCCAGGCACUGCCCGCCUUCCUCCAGCUGGCCUAUCUGCGCGCCAUGAACGCCCUCAGCAUAUCCCACUUUGUCCUCUUUGUCCUGCUCGUAUCCGUGAUUGCGAACUAUGGCACGAGCUAUUCGUCUGGCUGGCUCGUUGGCUACGGCUUCUGCCGCUGGAUGGGCAACUUUACUUCGACCUUCAUCAUGGAGUGCGUGGGCCGCAAGAAGCCGCUGCUGCUGGGCCUGCUGGUCUGCAGUUGUCUGGGCUUUGUCAUUGGCUCCAAGUACAGUGUUUACUACGGCAUGAGCGGUGUGACCAUCAUGCUGCUGAUCUUCCAGUUCUUUGCAGGCCUAGCGUUCACCUCCACCUCGCCGUAUCUGACGGAGGCCUAUCCGCUGGGUGUCAAGCAGCCCUGUAUCGCCUUCACCUUCAUCGCUGAGAUGCUCGUGUACAUCAUUGUCUCGUCGGCUCAUUUCAAUUUAUACGAUGGCGGCAGCUACUUCUAUGCCAUUGGUGGACUAUAUCUGUUUGGCUUUAUUGCUGGCAUUUUCUGCCUGCCAGAGACCCGAUUGACCACGCUGCGCGGCACCCAGCAGAAGUUCCGCAAACUCAUCAAUGUUGGCAUCUAACAGAGCUAACACACACACACACA